AUGAGAGCCAGGCGGGGGUCUGGCCGGAGCCUGGGCUUCAGUCUCUUCACCUGCAGCCUGGACGAGCGCUCCCCGGUCUCCACGCCGCCAGCUGCCUUCCUGACCCCCGAGACCCACCUGCUCUCCAAGCUGCCCAUUCCCGACAGCCAGGUGAUCACCAUUAACCCCCAGCUUCCUGUGGAGGAGGCAGCAGAGGACUACGCCAAGAAGCUGCGACAGGCCUUUCAAGGGGACUCCAUCCCAGUUUUUGACCUGCUGAUCCUGGGGGUGGGCCCCGAUGGCCAUACCUGCUCACUCUUCCCAGACCAUCCCCUGCUGCAGGAACGGGAGAAGAUUGUGGCUCCCAUCAGUGACUCCCCAAAGCCGCCUCCACAGCGCGUAACCCUCACACUCCCUGUCUUGAAUGCGGCCCGAACUGUCAUCUUUGUGGCGACUGGAGAAGGCAAGGCAGCUGUUCUGAAGCGCAUUUUGGAGGACAAGGAGGCCAGCCCGCUCCCUGCCGCCCUUGUGCAGCCCCACACUGGGAAACUCUGCUGGUUCCUGGAUGAGGCAGCAGCCCGACUCCUGACCGUGCCCUUCGAGAAGCAUUCCACUUUGUAGCUGGUCCCCGGGGACACCACCGUUGGACCAUUGCGGCUUGAGGGGACUGGGAUCUUCCUGGGGCUGGGCCCCUCCACCGCUGUGUUCUAGGCUUCACGUUAGAAAAGCCACAUGGUGCUGACAGGGCCUGGCCACUGGCUCUGCCCAGAUAUUAAAAGGAGCUUUGGCCCA